UGUGGACAAGGACGGCGAGCAUUACAUGACCCCGAUUGACUUUGUACAGAGGUUCCUGGGCCUACAUACACAGCCCCACCACAACCCCAAGACGGUCCAGCUCAUUGCCGGGGUGGCCGACACUACUAAAGACGGGAGACAGAAGCUAACGCCUGUUGCAUUCAGAGCUUCUGUUUGAAAGUAAUGGCUUCCCAAGCUAUUUUGAUGACACUAAGCUUUGUAUUUAGUAUUCAAUUUCAGUCUUCAAUUUUUUAGUCUUUUAGAAUAUGAAUUCAAAAAUUCCAGUGGACGCAUGAUAUGGAUAAUUCAGAAAAAAAAUUGCAUGAAUGUUUUUUUUUUAAAUAAAAAAAGUGUGUUUUUUUUUUUUGCUUUGCUUACUUGCAAAAUGACCUCUGUGAUCAGCCUUGCCGAUGUAACGUUACUUAUGUAUCACCUGAUUAGCCUCUGUUGUUGAGUCUCUCUUGUUGAAGUUUUCUUCAGUCUGGCCAUGCUAAUGAUGGUCUCUCUCUCCCUCAGGCUCAUUUCUUUCCAGGAGUUUCUCGCCUUUGAGUCAGUACUGUGUGUCCCGGAUGCCCUUUUUAUAGUAGCCUUUCAGUUAUUUGACAAGACUGGCACAGGGAACAUCUCAUUUGAAAAUGUCCAAGAUAUCUUUAGUCAGACCACUGUCCACCAUCACAUCCCCUUCAACUGGAACUGUGACUUCAUCAGGCUGCAUUUCGGCCACGACCGCAAGAAGCACCUCAACUACCUGGAGUUUACGCAGUUCCUGCAGGAGCUACAGCUGGAGCACGCCCGCCAGGCAUUUGCACAGAAGGACAAGGUGAAGAGCGGCGCCAUCUCUGCUCUGGACUUCAGUGACAUCAUGGUCACCAUCCGGCACCACAUGCUCACACCCUUUGUGGAGGAGAACCUGGUGUCGGCCGCGGGGGGUGGCACCUCACACCUGGUCAGCUUCUCCUACUUCAAUGCCUUCAACUCACUGCUCAACAAAAUGGAGCUAAUUCGCAAGAUCUACAGCACACUGGCCGGCUCGCGGAAGGAUACGCUGGUCACCAAAGAGGAGUUUGUCAACGCCGCCAACAAGUUUGGUCAGAUCACGCCAAUGGAGAUUGACAUCCUGUACCAGGUCUCCGGCCUCCACUCGCAUUCUGGACGCCUAAACCUGGCGGACAUCGAGCGAAUAGCACCUCUGGAGGAGGGAGCGCUGCCGUAUCACCUCGCCGAGAUCCAGAGACAGCAGGCGCAGGGUGAGGUGUCCCGACCGGUCUGGCUCCAGGCUGCGGAAUCCGCCUACAGGUUCACCCUGGGCUCCAUCGCUGGGGCCACGGGGGCGACGGCGGUGUACCCCAUUGACCUGGUGAAGACCCGCAUGCAGAACCAGCGCUCCACGGGCUCCUUCGUGGGGGAGCUGAUGUAUAAGAACAGCUUCGACUGUGCCAAGAAGGUUCUGAGAUAUGAGGGCUUCUCCGGCUUCUACAGAGGUCUACUACCGCAACUUUUAGGUGUUGCUCCUGAGAAGGCCAUCAAACUCACAGUGAACGACUUUGUCAGGGACAAGUUUACCGAGAAGGACGACACCAUCCCCCUGUUGGCCGAGGUGCUAGCUGGUGGCUGUGCUGGGGGCUCCCAGGUCAUCUUCACCAACCCUCUGGAAAUCGUGAAGAUCCGUCUUCAGGUGGCCGGGGAGAUCACCACGGGGCCGCGGGUGAGCGCGCUCAGCGUGGUCAAGGACCUCGGCUUCUUCGGCCUCUACAAGGGAGCCAAGGCCUGCUUCCUGCGGGACAUCCCCUUCUCGGCCAUCUACUUUCCGGUGUACGCCCACACCAAGGCGGAGCUGGCGGACGAGCAGGGCCGGCUGGGCGCCGUGCAGCUGCUGACCGCCGGAGCCAUUGCAGGUGUCCCCGCCGCCUCCCUGGUGACCCCGGCCGAUGUCAUCAAGACGAGACUGCAGGUGGCAGCACGUGCGGGGCAGACCACAUACAACGGCGUCAUCGACUGCUUCCGGAAGAUCCUGCGUGAGGAAGGCUUCAAGGCCCUGUGGAAGGGUGCUGGAGCUCGUGUCUGCAGGUCCUCCCCGCAGUUCGCCGUCACCCUGCUGACCUAUGAGCUCCUGCAGCGAUGGUUCUACAUCGAUUUCGGAGGACACCGUCCCGCUGGGUCAGAACCGACCCCCAAGUCGCGGAUCUCGGAGCUGCCCCCCGUGAGCCCGGACCACGUAGGGGGCUACAGGCUGGCCUCUGCCACCUUUGCCGGUGUGGAGAACAAGUUCGGCCUGCACUUGCCUAAAUUCAAGUCGUCAGGGGUGGUGUCAAUCCAGCCCCCCCCACGCAGGGAGGCGCGAGACUCUUAGACACUUUGAUCCCCGCCCCAAGUCUUCCGCCGGUUUGCAUGAUCUCUGAGCCAGAUGUUACAAAACAUUUCUAUGAAUCCUUUGUACAGGCAGAUCGGCGAGCUCAUCCUUGUGGCUUCAUUCUGAACUGUAUUAGUCUCUUAAUUUUAAACUUUGCAUGAACACAGCUUUCCUUGUUUUGCUUUGCGUAGGUUGCACAUGCUGUCCUGUACAUAUUGUACAUUCCCCCCUCCCCACCCCCCGCUUUGGUGUUUGAACAAUCUCUGCGAUCCUGGAUAAUAGCUCAUGUACAGGUGUUUGAGGUUUUAUUCAGGAGAAAAAGUUGGACUAUGAGUAAAUAAUUUAAUGCAUUUUAUUGAAAUAAUCAUCAGUACAGUUUAACUUGCUGGAAGAAGCAGGUUUUGAUGUUCAUUACACAGUGGGAUGUGCAAAAGAAAGUCUUACAGGGAGGAAAACCAUUGUUUACAUCAUAAGCAGUUUAAUUGUAUAAUGUCUUAUUUUAUUCUAUCCACCUCAAAUAAAAAAAGCUCCUAUGGUCUGA